AAGGAAUAGCAAAGCAUCAGUCCAGUCCCCCUUUUGUGAGGCGUGCCGAACACGUGGCGUGAACAUUCUCGGUGUGCCCGCAGAGGAGUGUAAUGAUAUAUUUUCAAAAAAGCAGAAUGCCACAUCAAACACAGAAAGCUAAAAAUCAAAAACACAGAAGCUAUGACUAACUUAUAUGUCCAGUCUCCCUUACUCAGGCGUGCCAAUUGCACCUGCUUUGAAUUUUCACAAAGACUUUUCAAUAUUCUCCAUGUCCACGCUGGCAGAGGAAAAAUUAAAAAUUUGUACUCUCUUGAUCUUAGCUAUGUGAUAUUGGAGGCGCUCGAAUUCCAGAAUUCCUUGGAUCUUUAAGGAGCUUAAGAUAUCUUAAUCUCUCUUAUACUAGUUUCAAUGGAAUGAUUCCUCAUCAACUUGGUAAUCUCACAAAUUUGUACUCUCUUGAUCUUAGCUAUGUAUAUACAUAUGCUAAGAAUCUUCAAUGGCUUUCUCAACUUUCUUCGUUGCGGUACCUUGACAUGAGUUCCAUUGACCUUGACGAAGCAUCUGAUUGGUUGGAGGUAACAAAUUCACUCCCUUCUUUGGAAGUCCUGCGCUUAAGCUACUGCAAUUUGAACUUCAUUUUUCGUCCAAUUUAUCAUGUCAAUUUUUCAUCUCUAUCCCUCCUUGAUCUUUCGGGAAACUAUUUAGGGAACAAUAUUCCACUAUGGGUUUCCAAUUUGAGAAGUUUGACUUCUCUUUCCCUACGUAAUAUUACGUUUGGAAAUGGAGGUCCCAUCCCUGAAGAUAUUCAAAACUUAACUUCCCUUGUGCACCUUGAUCUUUCUUUGAACUCUUUUAAUACCUCAAUACCCAGCUGGUUAUAUAGUUUAAGCCAUUUGGAGGUUCUCAACCUUGCUGAUAAUCAAUUGACAGGUACAAUAUCAAAUGAAAUAAAAAAUAUGACAUCUAUCAUUACACUUGACCUGUCAGGGAAUGAGCUACAAGGAGACUUGCCAACAUCAUCCAUGGCUCAACUUUGCAAAUUAAAAGAAAUUGAUUUGUCAGGCAGAACAUGGAAUCAAUCCAUAUCCCAAAUCCUAGAUAGUUGCUCCGGAUGUCUUUCUGAUAGCCUAGAGGUCCUAAAUAUCAGGGGUGGUCAAAUAUAUGGUCAUAUAACCAAUAAAAUUGGGCAGUUCAAAACUCUGGCCGAUCUUGAUCUAUCUUAUAAUUCAAUUUCUGGUCCAAUUCCAGCAUCCUUGGGAAAUCUUUCCUCUCUGACCUAUCUUGAUCUAUCUUCUAAUUCAAUUUCUGGUCCAAUUCCAGCAUCAUUGGGAAAUCUUUCCUUUUUGCAAGUGUUAGACAUUAGCAAUAAUCAGAUGGAAGGCAUCGUUUCGGAGGCUCACUUUGCUAAUACAACAAGUCUGAGAUAUUUUGAUGCAUCUGAUAACCCAUUAACUUUGAAAGUAGGUCAGGAUUGGGUUCCUCCUUUUCAACUAGAAUCAUUAGAUAUGGGCUCCUGCCAUUGGGGCCCACGAUUUCCAAUGUGGGUACGGUCCCAAAAGACCCUUUCUUCUUUGGUUUUAUCCAACACAAGUCUUGCAGAUGUUCUUCCCGCUUGGAUUUUCAACUUCUCUUCAGAAUUACAAUACUUAGAUCUUUCUCAAAAUCAAAUGCAUGGAAGGAUUCCCACUCUGACGAAUAUGGGGAUGCAGGAGUACUCAGCAAUCGACCUGAGCCAAAACCACUUCGAGGGGCCCUUGCCUUUGGUAUCUUCCAAGGUGUAUGAACUAGAUCUUUCUGAUAAUCUACUUUCAGGAUCCAUUUCUCAAUUCUUGUGUAGCUCACCAAGUGAGCCAAUGAAUAUGAUAGCUCUCGAUCUUGCCAAAAAUCGGUUGUCAGGAAAAUUACCCAACUGUUGGAGCAAAUGGAAAAAUAUACAAGUCUUAUAUUUAAAUGACAAUAGCUUUGGUGGUGGUAUUCCUUCAUCCUUUGGUUCGUUGAUUUUUCUGCAGUCAUUGCAUCUCCGUAGUAACAACCUAUCUGGAGUCAUUUCUGUUUUACAGAAUUGUAUUAAUUUAGUUAUUCUUGAUCUUCGUGGGAAUAAAUUUGGGGGAAACAUUCCUACUUGGCUUGGAACAAGUCCUUCAAUGUUGAGGUUUCUUAGUGCUGGCUUCAAUGAGUUCCAUGGUCAUAUACCUGAUGAAUUAUGUGCUCUCAAUUCCCUACAAACCUUGGACCUUUCAAACAACAAUCUGUUCGGCCCAAUACCAAAAUGUUUUAACAAUUUCUCUAGUAUGGCAAUAAAAAAAUACAAUCUGUCUAGCCAUACUGGCAGUCUUUUCGUAGACACUACUAUAUUACUCUUUGUAAAAGGUAAGCCAAUUGGAUACACUAAGACACUUUCACUUGUAAAUAGCAUAGACUUGUCUGGUAACUCUUUGUCAGGACACAUUCCUUUAGAAAUUACAAGUCUCUCAAAUCUGCUCUCAUUGAAUUUGUCAAACAACCUUUUAGAUGGAGAGAUUCCUAUGAGAAUAGGUGAUAUGCGAGAACUGGAGUCCAUUGAUUUCUCUAUGAACAAUCUUUCUGGUGAAAUCCCUCAAAGUAUGUCGAGUUUGAAUUUCUUGAGCUAUUUGAAUUUGUCCUACAACAACCUCAGUGGAAAGAUCCCAACGGGCACUCAACUCCAAAGCUUCGAUUCAUCAAGCUUUGCCAACAACAAUCUAUGUGGUCCUCCCCUCACUCUGAAAUGCAGCACAAAUGGUGAAGUCACUGUUGUUGAAAAGAAUAGAAAAGAAGACGACCAUGAAAUGUCAUGGUUUUACAUUGGCAUGGCUGUUGGAUUCAUUGUAGGUUUUUGGGGAUUUUGUGGUUCUCUUAUUUUCAAUCGGACAUGGAGACAUAGUUAUUUCAGGUUUCUCGACUGCAUCAAAGACCAGAUCUAUGUGGCUUCAGUCCUAAAGCUGAGAUGGUUCCGUGAAACGAUAACAAGUUGUUACAACAAUCAAUGAAUUGUGCCAUCUUCUAUAAGGUAUAUACGUUUCAGAUGGAAGGUAUCCCUUAGUCCAGAUAGAGCACUUGGAGUAAAUUUCUGAUAUUAUGGGAUUACGUAGUUUUCUACGAGCAGUUUACUCUAGUAAUUUAGACUUUUUUUUUUUUUUUUGGGGUUCCUUUUUUGAUUCUAUGUACUUUAAAAGUGUGUU